AUGUUUCUCAUUCACGGUAAAAGCGUGUCUGAUUGCAUUAAACGUGCGUUGGAUAUUGUCCUAACUGAAAGUGAGCAUGGUGACUUGACGAUCUUCUACGUAAACGGUACUAUCAGUGAUAAGCUUUUCUACUUGGUAAAACAAAGUAAAUUAUCAAACAAGGAGGCCAUUUUGAAACAGUUCAACUAUGAGAAAGUAGAUGACAUUGUCAGCUUGAAACUGUACUUAUCUGGAAUAGACUGUAACAGGAAGACUAUUGUCAUAGUGGAGGGGUUACUUCAGAUACUCUCCAAUGGGUUUAGUGACUACACAGAAAAAAACUGUUAUCUUGUAGAAAUCCUAAUGACAUUGAAAAAAUCCGAAGCGAAUCAUGAUUUCAAAGCCAUUAUUUUAGACGAGCUUAAUUACUUUGUUUCGUUGCACUGUAGUGAUUUGAUUAAGGUUAGUUAG